UUCUUUUUUUAUUUUUUGGUUGUUUUGUGUGAUUGCAACCCUACGCCGAAAAAGAAACAAAUCAAGCAACAAAAAUACGGAGCAAACUCAAUAGCGACAACAAAAACAUUGGCAUGUGCAAGUGCAAGGCAAUCAAAAACAACGGUAAAGGGAAGAAGUGAGAGAAGCAAACGCAACAACAGAAAUAAGAAGAGAAGAGCAGCAACCGUGAUAUUAUUUUUUGUGUAAAAAAAACCAAAGCAACAUUGUAGUUACAUAUGGACAUGCAAUCAAAUGUAAAAUUAGUAUUUGACUUUCGUGAAUCGUAACUUAUUUAAGGUGCCAAUUUGAAAGAUGAAUUAAUUUGAUUUUUGUAAAAGAAUAAAACAAAUUAAAACAGUAAACUAAAUAAAUUCCAACCGGUAACUUUAGUUGCUGGAAGAGGCGGAGGAGAAGCAGCGUCAUGGACACCAUCUGUAGACUCUGCUUCCAAACAGCAACGUUAUUCCAAGUGCCCGGCUAUAGCAUACCCACGUGCGUACGCUGCUCUGAACAGCUGACAAACAAUACAAACUUCCAUCAAGCAGUGCGGGGGGCAGAAGCCGGAUCGACUGCUGCUUCCGUAUCGGCGGCUGUUGCAGCAGCCGCUGCCGCCGCUGUCGCAUCGUCAUCGACGUCCAGUGAUAGUGACGCUGCUGCAGUGGCGCAGCAGCUGACGAACGGCAGUAAUGCUGCUGCCGUCGCUGUGCUGCAGCUACACCAGCAGCAGCAGCAUCAACAGCAACAACAAAUGCAAUCAUCGAGCUCUUCCGAGAACCUACAAUCGCAGGACGAUUCUGAAGAUGUGGAUCUGAUAUUCAAUGAGGAGGGCUCCUGUCCCCUGUGCAACAAGACGUUCUCGCGCAAAUCCUCGCUGAUGACGCACAUACGGAACCACUCAGCGGAGCGCAAAUUUGUGUGCACCUACUGCAACAAAGGCUUCACACAGGCGGCUAAUCUGCGCAAUCAUGAGCGAAUCCACACGAACGAUCGUCCCUACCCGUGCGUCGACUGUGGCAAGACCUUCACACAGAUCACGAACCUUAAUAAUCACAGGCGCCUGCACACAGGGGAGCGGCCCUUCGUCUGCAAUGAACCCGAGUGCGGACGUAGUUUUGCCCAGGUGACCAACCUCAACAACCACAUGAAGUCACAUCACAAGGUGCAGCAAUACUGCUGCAACGUAUGCAACAAGAAGUUCACGCAGGUCACCUCACUGAAUCAUCACCUGCAGGCGCAUGCGGGCGUCAGCGGCUACUUUUGUCCUCGCUGUCCCGAUAAGACCUUCAAGCUGCAGUCACAGUUGCACACGCACAUGAAGUCGCACGGACAGGCAUUCCCCUAUGAGUGUGGCAAGUGCGACGAGAAGUUCCUGCAGCAGGCCCACCUCGACCAGCACCUGAAGAUGCACGACGAGUUCAAGUUCAAGUGCGACAUCUGCCCCAGCAGCUUUAAUCAGGACUCGCUGCUGAAGAAGCAUGUGCAGCGGCAUGUUGAGGGCCGCUAUCUUAGUUGUCCGGUGGCCAACUGUACGGAAUCGUUUGCCGUACGCCAGCACCUGUCCAAGCAUUUGCUCACAAAUCACUCCCAUCACGAGCUACCGCCACCGAAGCGAUCCAAAAAGACUGUCACGUUGCAGUCGCCACAACAGCCAUUGGCGAUGAUAGGCCAGCCGCUUUCACUGCAGCACACGACGGGGCAGCGUGGACGUCCGCCGAAGAAUAAGAACAAGACGACCGGCAACUUGGCCGCCACAGCCAUUAAGAUUGAGAUUAAUGAGCCUCUACACAGCCAGCAUAUCAUCAGCAGUGCCAGUGGCCUUUCCAUCCAACAGCAGAUCAACCAGCACAUGCAACAGCAGGCGCAACAGCAGCAGCAGCAACAACAGCAACAGCAGCAGCAUCUACAUCUGUCCAUGGGUCAGGCGGUCAAGGCGCGCUUCAUACCCACCAAGUAAAUGAUAUUUGGCCUCUCCCCAUAGCCCCCCUGCACACUCCUCGCAGUUGCUUGAAACUCCUCCAGUAGCCAGCUCAAUAGCCCGAAUUAAAUAUCCUCUUCCCCAGUUUGCUAUACAUAUGUAUGGAUAUAUGUAAACAAUAGACAACACACAUAGAUACACGAUUUGUGAGUCCGGCGGCAAGCUGCUGGUUCGGUUUGGUGUCUGUCUCCCAACCGCUGCUCAACCAAAGCAAUAGACAAGCCAAAAUGCACCACAU